UAGAUCAUUUAGUACGCCCUAGCGAGACGUAGAGUUCGACCGGUUUGAUGAAUGACAUGAUUUUUGCAAUUUGGAUUCACUAAUAGUACGACGAUAUUCUUUAUUUAAGUCGAACAGGACUGAGCUAAAUACUCUGUACAUGAGAUAGUACAAAAUAGUUGUUAAUAACUAUUUUCUACAUUAUUACGACUACAUUUCAGAAUGUCUUUUCCAAACAAAGAAGAUCGCAUAAAGUGCUGGGGUCGCAGGGACGAAUAUUGGCAAUGUCUUGAUGAAGGCAAAUCUCAAAUGGAAUGUAUAGAAUUUAGGAAACAAUAUGAAAAAUUCUGCCCAUCUCAAUGGGUGAAACAUUUUGAUCGUAAGCGAGAGUACUUGAAGUUCAAAGAGCAAAUAGAGACGGGGGGAACUUAUCUUGAUGGUGGGAUGCAAAGUUCUAAAAGAUCAGAUUUACCGAAGCAGGUCGAUAAGAAAAGCCAAGCAGUUCUCGAUUUUCAAAUGGCAGAUAAAAACUUACACAAUUGAAGAUAUUAUUUUAAUAUUACCCAUAUAUUUAAUAUUAUCCUAUAUUACGAAAUAGAAAUCUCGCAGAAAAAACAAACCAAACGAAAUAGUCAAAUUAUAAAUAAUAGUUUUUAUUGAAUACAAAAUACUGAACACUGAUGCAAAAAAA